UUGUAACAUAUAUUGAGAUUCUUUUUGUAGAGAAAAGUUUUUCAUCAUGAAGCACUUCUAUGCAUAUAAGACUGAGGAAAAUAAAACUGAUGAUGGUACUUCUAUGAACAUGCCUUAAUCUUUUUGAAGGUAUUAUCUGUACUGCACUCCAGCUCCACAUUCCUUGGCCAAGUCCCAAGCACUGGCUUAUAGCAGGCCACAGAAGGCUGAGCCCAGUCCACUCCUCUGAGAUCUGGGUCUUUGUCCUCCCUUGGAACAUGGGCAGGGUAGUGACUGCUCUGACCCAGCAUGGUGGAAGUGACACGGCGUGACUUCUGAGCUGAUGUCAUAAAGAACUGUUCAGUUUCUACUUUGUCUUUGCAAACGUCUUCUCUUGUCUGAGUCAACAUGAUAAAUGGUCAUCAUCCCUGAUGCUACCAUGCUCUGUGGAAGCCUGAGUCACCUGGAGAGGUGGCCCCUUGAGAACCACCUGUGAGGGCUGGGAAGAGGGACAAGGAGGCCUCACCCUCCCAGACCCUAUGACCCCACCUGAUGCUGUCAACAGUACUCCCACCACCGUGAGGGCAGGCAGAUCUGGAAUGAAGAAGAUGAGGAUGUGCUGCAGUACUGCGAUGGUGCCUUUGAUGUCUACUAUGUCUUUGAUGGAUCAAAAGCCAUGUCAGACUGGAAGGAACUAUGCAUAUCUUGGGGAGAUCUGGUGGAGAAAUACGUAAACCCCAAACUGCGCAUGUCCUUCAUUGUCUUCUCCACAAGAUCCUCAGUCAAAAUGCCGCUUACCGGAGACAGAAUAACAAUCACUUAUCAACUUGGCCAACUUCCAUAUUCUACAGCUUCAGGAGAAACAUACUUGCACGAAGGACUUAAGCAGGCAAAUGCUCAGAUCACAAGAGCCAACUCUGGAGGCACUAAGGUGUCUAGCAUGAUCAUCACUUUGCUCAGUGGACCAAUGGCCCCGGAUGUAUUUAAUGAGGUUACGGCGGAGGUUGACAAGGCUCGGCGUAUGGGAGCAUACAUAUACAGCAUUGGUGUUGACAGAGCUAAUCCAUUCCAGGUGGCUUCAUUUGCAGACAGCCCAGAACAUGUGUUCAGGAUAAGAGGGCCACUCAGUGAGCUGCGUGAUAAAGUUGACUACAUUGCAACAAGGGCCUGUCUGGAACUCAGAGCUGUGAAGCCUUCCCCUCUGUGUACUGGAGCCAAGCAAGUGGUCUUGAAAGGCUAUGGCUUCCAUAAUGCACAGAGGUUGGACCAGAUCAUUUGCAGAUUCAAGCUUGGUGUCAAGAAUGUCAUUGAUGAACGUCCAAUCAGUAUGAACAUGACCACUAUAAUUUGUCCUCAACCACAGCAACUGAAACAUGGACAGAACAUCUCAGUGGAAGUCAGCCUGAACAAUGGGCGGGACUUCCUGUCCCGCAGAAUCAGUGUGAAGACCACUACAAACUGUAUUCAACCCACACCUCAGCCACCCACAAGGACGACAACACCCUCCACAACCACCACGACAACUGUCAAAACCGCCACGACAACGACAACCACCAAAACCACUCCAACACGCCCUCGUCCCACAAGCUCAGCUCGACCCCUGCUCACAGCUUCAGCCCCAGUCACUCCACGACCCCCAGCCAUCACGGCCCUCCAGACAACUCCAACCCUGCGCUCGGAGCUGCCAGAAACAAAGCCAAGCCAAGCCCUUCUGCUCCUCACAGGGGUGCUUGGUCUGCUGCUCAUCCCCAUGGUGCUCUGGUGGAUCUGGUGGUUAUGCUGCAGGACGCCUGAGAAAGAGCCACCACCUGCACCCAAGCCAAAAAAAAAGCGAAGAGCCAAGAAACCUGCUCGUCGUCUUCGUCGUCCUGCUCCUCCUCCUCCUACUUCUCCUCCUCCUCCACAUUCUUCUCCUCCUCCUCCUCCAGUGCCUCCCCCAGCACCCACGCCACCGCCUGUUACCGUGUACCCCACCAUAAUCGUGUGCUGCUGUGCGUACUGUGGUGUGUGUGUGAAGACAGGCCCGGAGGGCACCUUUGUCUUGUGCAACUUCAGUCACCCCAGCUGCCACCAGGUGCCACUGAUGAGGUCUCCAUCCUGUGACCAGGGCAGCUGCACCAACUUUGACCUCCCGAAAAUGCUCUGUGCCCAGGCCCCCUGGCACCCCAAGAUCGGCCUUCAGCCCAGCCUGGACAGCCUCCCCUUGGCCUGCUGCUCCCGGUGCCACCACCCCGCAGCCUGUAGCGCCAGGUCUCCCUCCAGGAUGCUGCACCUGUUCCACCGCCCUGCCCAGACAGCCUGCAGAUCCACACUGUCGCUCCCACCCCCAUAACACACCCCAUGCCCCACACACCCGUGUAAGAGGCCUUGCUGCUGAAUUGGACACAGGCACAGAGUGUUGCAUUCUAAUAAACCAGUUGGAUUUUGUUGCUGA